AUGCGAAGUGACUCUCACAUUGCAAUCGUGCGGGGUACAGUGGACUCCGUGCCCGCAGUCCUUGAGAUCCUCGACACCACCGUCGAAUGGCUAGUCUCGCACGGCAGAUCAGGGCAGUGGGGAGAAGCGCCAUUCUCGCAGAAUCCUAAGCGCGCCGAUCAACUCCGAGAAUUUGCAACAACCGGACAGGGUCUUUGGCUCGCGAUCAAAGUCGACGACACAGCUUCACCGAAUGAAGCAUCUGAUUUUCAGGCCCCGGCAGCCAUGCACAGAAAUUCUAUUUCUGGUGUCAUUGUAGGAGCCCUUGCCGUUGGAGAGAAGAUGCCUUAUGUGACGCCUGUCUCUGAGCCUGAGCUCUACGUGCGAUUAUUAGCAACGGAUAGACAAUGGGCGGGCCGGGGAAUUGGUACACGCCUUCUGGAACAUGCGCGUCUCCUUGCUAGGCAGGCUGAAGUCUCUCUACUACGUGUAGACUGCUAUGCAGGUAACGACGGCAAAUUGGUUCGAUAUUAUGAGUCUCAGGGAUUCGAGCGGUCUGAAAGUCUGAUUUUGCAAGAGACCUGGCCUUGUCAAGUGCUGGCUCAACGUCUAGAAGCCUAG